AUGAGAAGUGAAAUGUUUUGCUGUGAUUUAGAAAGGCCAACUGGCCAAGCGGAUGGUAGGUGGAAGCUGCAAUCAACUCUAGCAAGCGAAAUGCCUAACGAGGUCCGCUCGAAGAGAGACAACUCAAUAGACAACUCUCGCUUCAUAAUGCGACACCAGGACCUAAUAAACCGAAGCGCACUCUGCCUCGCGCGCCUCCGUGAAGUAACCGUCGAAAUGGAGUGUCUCCGCCAAGACAACGCCGAUCUUCGAUCUAUCAAUCGCGAGCUCAACAAUCAACUCAGCGUCCUUAUCCAAGCCUCACUCCACAAACACUACAACGACUCUACAAGGACGCCGUUUGACUUUGAUAUUGGUUUCCACAAUUUGUGCAACAUCAGCAGCGGAGGAGGUGGAGGUCAUGACAUGUGCGAAGAGGAUGAAAGUCCGACGAGCGUCAUGGAGGCAGGGGGCGAUGACCGGGAGAGGAUUUCGCUGCCUAAGAGUAUUUCAGUGAGGUCUAAUAGCUACUCGAAGAGGAACCAGGAGCAGGCGGCUAGUGCUAGCUUGACUAGGGCCAUCACUCGGCUGAGAGCACCGAGUCCACUCAAUACCGCGAAGGUUUAUGUGCGUAGAGGCAAGAAACAGGAGGAGCCACUUGAGCUGGAAGUGUAUAACCAAGGCAUGUUCAAAACAGAGUUGUGCAACAAAUGGCAGGAGACAGGGGCUUGCCUAUACGGCAACCAUUGUCAGUUUGCUCAUGGAAUUGAGGAGCUCCGCCCAGUCAUCCGUCACCCUCGCUACAAGACUGAGGUCUGCAAAAUGGUCCUUGCUGGUGGUAUCUGUCCUUAUGGCCAUCGCUGUCACUUCCGCCAUGCUCUCACUGAGCAGGACAGGUUCCUUAGCCACAUCAAGCCCAGGGAAAUCAAGCCUGACAGGUAAAAUAAUGAAAAUAAUGAUGUUGAUGAAAGAAGUAUAAUUGGGUUUAAUGUAGAGAGAUGUUUAUAAUCUUGUAAGAGAGUGGCAAAUAACGAUUAUACUUUUAAUCUGGUAAAGUAUAAAUAUAUAUCAGUUCAAAACUGGACAUGUGUAAGCUAAAAAUAAUUACUAGUAGAUAUGAUGAGGUAGAAAAACAGUUGCGACUGAUUUUGUGCCCAGAAGGUGGGAGAUCAGACAGAAAGGGGCUGGAAAGAGAAUAUUUCUCUUAUUCUUUUCUUUUUUAUUGUUAAUCCAAUAUUGCUCUUAUUAUUAUAUACGUCCCACUUUGAUUUCAAACCAAGAAACUAGUUGUAAUGAUGCAUUUUGAUUCUUGGAAAAGGAAGUAAUUUCUGAUUGGAGUAAUCGUUCACAAUUACUGCUUUCAUUCUCUCA